CGCCACCGCCGCCCGGGAGCGGAGCCGCGGGCAGACCGGGCCGCACCGGAGCCCCGCGUCCGCCCGCGCCCCGCCCGAGCCGUGCGCCCGCGCCCUGCGCCCCGCGAUGCGCGCUAAGUUGCGGGCCGGGGACCCGGGGCCGGCGCCCUAGGAGGCGGCGGCGGGAGGAUCGCGUCCCGGCUGGAGGCCCGGCCUGCUGCGCGCCCCUAGCCGGAUCCGCACCGCCGCUUGCCUGAGCGCCCGGGCGGCCUGAGCGCGUCCCGAGCCCGGGCGCCGCCGCCGCCACCUCCGCGAGGUCCCCCGGAGUCUCUGAGGACACGGCGUCCCUGGAGGCCAUUUCUGGCGCCUGUGACAGUGCGGCUCGCGAGCAGAUGACGACGACUGGCUUUUAACCUUGGUGGCCAUCAAGAGGAAGGUUAUUGGAGCCCAGGAGCCCCCCGGACGCCCACCGCCAUGUCAGGAUCCACGCAGCCCGUGGCGCAGACCUGGAGGGCCACUGAGCCCCGCUACCCGCCCCAUGGCAUCUCCUACCCCGUGCAGAUCGCCCGGCCUCACACGGACGUCGGGCUGCUCGAGUACCAGCACCACCCCCGCGACUACGCCUCGCACCUGUCGCCUGGCUCCAUCAUCCAGCCCCAGAGGAGAAGGCCGUCCCUGCUGUCCGAAUUUCAGCCCGGGAAUGAGAGGUCCCAGGAGCUGCACCUGCGCCCCGAGUCCCACUCGUACCUGCCCGAGCUGGGCAAGUCGGAGAUGGAGUUCAUCGAGAGCAAGCGCCCGCGGCUGGAGCUGCUGCCCGACCCGCUGCUGCGGCCCUCAGCGCUGUUGGCUGCGGGCCAGCCCGGGGGUUCCGAGGAUCUGUCCACGGACCGCAGCCUGACGGGCAAGCUGGAGCCGGUGUCCCCUCCCAGCCCCCCGCACGCCGACCCCGAGCUGGAGCUGGCGCCUCCGCGGCUCUCCAAGGAGGAGCUGAUCCAGAACAUGGACCGCGUGGACCGCGAGAUCACCGUGGUGGAGCAGCAGAUCUCCAAGCUGAAGAAGAAGCAGCAACAGCUGGAGGAGGAGGCUGCCAAGCCGCCCGAGCCCGAGCAGCCGGUGUCGCCGCCGCCCCUGGAGUCCAAGCACCGCAGCCUGGUGCAGAUCAUCUACGACGAGAACCGGAAGAAGGCCGAGGCUGCGCAUCGGAUUCUCGAAGGCCUGGGGCCCCAGGUGGAGCUGCCCCUGUACAACCAGCCCUCGGACACCAAGCAGUACCAUGAGAACAUCAAAAUAAACCAGGCCAUGCGGAAGAAGCUCAUCCUGUAUUUCAAGAGGAGGAACCACGCUCGCAAGCAAUGGGAGCAGAAGUUCUGCCAGCGCUAUGACCAGCUCAUGGAGGCUUGGGAGAAGAAGGUGGAGCGCAUCGAGAACAACCCCAGACGGCGGGCCAAGGAGAGCAAGGUGCGCGAGUACUACGAGAAGCAGUUCCCCGAGAUCCGCAAGCAGCGCGAGCUGCAGGAGCGCAUGCAGAGCAGGGUGGGCCAGCGGGGCAGCGGGCUCUCCAUGUCAGCCGCCCGCAGCGAGCACGAGGUGUCGGAGAUCAUCGAUGGCCUCUCGGAGCAGGAGAACCUGGAGAAGCAGAUGCGCCAGCUGGCCGUGAUCCCGCCGAUGCUGUAUGACGCCGACCAGCAGCGCAUCAAGUUCAUCAACAUGAACGGGCUCAUGGACGACCCCAUGAAGGUGUACAAGGACCGCCAGGUCAUGAACAUGUGGAGCGAGCAGGAGAAGGACACCUUCCGUGAGAAGUUCAUGCAGCACCCCAAGAACUUCGGCCUGAUCGCGUCAUUCCUGGAGAGGAAGACGGUGGCCGAGUGCGUGCUUUAUUACUACCUGACCAAGAAGAAUGAGAACUACAAGAGCCUGGUGAGGAGGAGCUACCGGCGCCGCGGCAAGGGCCAGCAGCAGCAGCAGCAGCAACAGCAGCAGCAGCAGCAGCAGCAGAUGCCCCGGAGCAGCCAGGAGGAGAAGGAGGAGAAGGAGAAGGAAGAGAAGGAGGAGGAGAAGCCGGACGUGGAGAAUGACAGGGAGGAGCUGACCAGGGAGAAGACAGAUGACACCUCUGGGGAGGACAACGAUGAGAAGGAGGCAGUGGCCGCCAAAGGCCGCAAAACUGCCAACAGCCAGGGGCGACGCAAAGGCCGCAUCACCCGCUCCAUGGCUAACGAGGCCAGCAGCGAGGAGGCCGUGCCCCCGCAGCAGACUGCUGAGCUGGCCUCAAUGGAGAUGAACGAGAGCUCUCGCUGGACUGAAGAAGAGAUGGAAACAGCCAAGAAAGGUCUCCUGGAGCACGGCCGGAACUGGUCGGCCAUCGCCCGGAUGGUGGGCUCCAAGACCGUGUCGCAGUGUAAGAACUUCUACUUUAACUACAAGAAGAGGCAGAACCUCGAUGAGAUCCUGCAGCAGCACAAGCUGAAGAUGGAGAAGGAGAGGAACGCACGGAGGAAGAAGAAGAAAGCCCCAGCCACCGCCAGUGAGGAGGCUGCCUUCCCUCCCGUGGUGGAGGACGAGGAGAUGGAGGCCUCGGGUGUGAGUGGGAACGAGGAGGAGAUGGCGGAGGAGGCAGAAGCCUUACACGCCUCUGGGAACGAGGUGCCCAGAGGAGAGUGCAGUGGCCCAGCCGCCGUCCACAACAGCUCGGACACCGAGAGCAUCCCGUCGCCGCGUGCCGAGGCUGCCAAGGACACGGGGCAGAACGGGCCCAAGCCCCCCGGCCCCGCCGCCGCGCCCCCCGCGCCGCCCACGCCGCCGCCGGAGGACGCCCCGCGCCCCGAGCCCGCCGNGGCCCCCGAGCCCGCCGGCCCCGCCCCGCCACCCGCGCCCGCCGAGCCCGCCGCGGCGCCCGCCCUGGUCCCCAAGGAGGAGAAGGACGAGGAGGCGGCCGCGUCCCCGGCGGAGGAGGGCGAGGAGCAGAAGCCUGCGGUGGCCCCCGAGCUGGCCGGGGACGUGGGCAAGAAGGAGGAGCCGGGCGAGGCGCCCCCCGCGGAGCCGGGCCGGAGCGUCAAGAGCGAGUGCAAGGAGGAGGCCGCGGAGGAGGCGCCCGACAAGGUCAAGGGCGCGCCCGAGGUCAAGGCCGAGGUCAAGGCGGAGGGCACGCUCAAGGUAGAAAAGAAGGAGGGCUGCGGCGCCGCGGGCAAAGCCACCGCCAAGGGCUCCGGUGCGCCCCAGGACAGCGACUCCAGCGCCACUUGCAGCGCCGACGAGGUGGACGAGCCCGAGAGCAGCGACAAGAACAGGCUGCUGUCACCGAGGCCCAGCCUCCUCACCCCGACCAGCGACAGCAGGACCAGCGCCUCGCCCCAGAAGCCGCUGGACCUGAAGCAGCUGAAGCAGCGGGCAGCUGCCAUCCCCCCCAUCCAGGUCACCAAAGUCCAUGAGCCCCCCCGGGAGGAUGCUGCUCCCCCUAAGCCAGCUCCCCCUGCCCCACCGCCACCACAGCACCUACAGCCUGAGAGCGACACCACCCAGCAGUCCAGCAGCAGUCCCCGGGGCAAAAGCAGGAGUCCUGUGCCCACUGCUGAGAAGGAGGAGAAGCCCGUGUUCUUCGCGGCCUUUGCGGCCGAGGGCCAGAAGCUGCCCGCGGAGCCCCCGUGCUGGACGCCGGGCCUGCCCUUCCCUGUGCCCCCUCGCGAGGUGAUCAAGGCCUCCCCGCACGCCCCCGACCCCUCGGCCUUCUCCUACGCCCCGCCCGGUCACCCGCUGCCCCUGGGCCUCCACGACAGUGCGCGGCCCGUGCUGCCCCGCCCGCCCACCAUCUCCAACCCGCCGCCCCUCAUCUCCUCCUCCAAGCACCCAGGCGUCCUCGAGAGGCAGAUGGGCGCCAUCUCCCAGGGAAUGUCAGUGCAGCUCCACGUCCCGUACUCAGAGCACGCCAAGGCGCCUGUGGGUCCCAUCACCAUGGGGCUGCCCCUCACCAUGGACCCCAAGAAGCUGGCGCCCUUCAGCGGAGUGAAGCAGGAGCAGCUGUCCCCACGGGGCCAGGUGGGGCCGCCGGAGAGCCUGGGGGUGCCCACGGCGCAGGAGACGUCCGUGCUGAGAGGGACGUCUCUGGGCUCCGUCCCGGGAGGAAGCAUCACCAAGGGCAUCCCCAGCACACGGGUGCCCUCCGAGAGCCCGAUCACCUACCGCGGCUCCAUCACACACGGCACUCCGGCCGACGUCCUGUACAAGGGCACCAUCACCAGGAUCAUCGGCGAGGACAGCCCGAGCCGCCUGGACCGCAGCCGGGAGGACGGCCUGCCCAAGGGCCACGUCAUCUAUGAGGGCAAGAAGGGCCACGUCCUGUCCUACGAGGGUGGCAUGUCCGUGUCCCAGUGCUCCAAGGAGGACGGCAGGAGCAGCUCAGGACCGCCCCACGAGGCGGCCGCUCCCAAGCGCACCUAUGACAUGAUGGAGGGCCGCGUCGGCAGGGCCAUCUCCUCGGCCAGCAUCGAAGGGCUCAUGGGCCGCGCCAUCCCGCCUGAGCGACACAGCCCCCACCAUCUCAAGGAGCAGCACCACAUGCGCGGCUCCAUCACGCAAGGGAUCCCGCGGUCCUACGUGGAGGCCCAGGAGGACUACCUGCGUCGCGAGGCCAAGCUGCUGAAGCGCGAGGGCACGCCGCCACCGCCCCCGCCCCCGCGGGACCUGGCCGAGGCCUACAAGGCCCGGCCCUUGGAAGCCCUGGGGCCCCUGAAGCUGAAGCCGGCCCACGAGGGCCUGGUGGCGACAGUGAAGGAGGCCGGCCGCUCCAUCCACGAGAUCCCCCGCGAGGAGCUGCGGCGCACGCCCGAGCUGCCGCUGGCGCCCCGGCCGCUCAAGGAGGGCUCUAUCACGCAGGGCACCCCGCUCAAGUAUGAGCCCGGCCCGGCCCCCGUGGGCGCCAAGAAGCACGACGUGCGCUCCAUCAUCGGCAGCCCCGGCCGCCCGUUCCCACCCGCGCUGCCACUGGACGUGAUGGCCGAUGCCCGGGCGCUGGAGCGCGCCUGCUACGAGGAGAGCCUGAAGGGCCGGCCCACGACCGUUGGCGCCGCCGGGGGCUCCAUCACACGGGGCGCCCCAGUCAUCGUGCCCGAGCUGGGCAAGCCGCGCCAGAGCCCCCUGACCUACGAGGACCACGCGGCGCCCUUCACCAGCCACCUGCCACGUGGAUCGCCGGUGACCACGAGGGAGCCCACACCGCGCCUGCAGGAGGGCAGCCUCUCAUCCAGCAAGGCGUCACAGGACCGAAAGCUGACGUCGACGCCCCGCGAGAUCGCCAAGUCCCCGCACAGCGCCGUGCCUGAGCACCACCCCCACCCCAUCUCGCCCUAUGAGCACCUGCUUCGGGGCGUGAGUGGUGUGGACCUGUACCGUGGCCACAUCCCACUGGCCUUUGAUCCAACCUCCAUACCCCGCGGGAUCCCCCUGGAUGCAGCCGCCGCCUACUACCUUCCCCGGCACCUGGCCCCCAACCCCACCUACCCGCACCUGUACCCGCCCUACCUCAUCCGCGGCUACCCCGACACGGCAGCGCUGGAGAACCGCCAGACCAUCAUCAACGACUAUAUCACGUCGCAGCAGAUGCACCACAAUGCGGCCACCGCCAUGGCUCAGCGCGCCGACGUGCUGAGGGGCCUCUCGCCCCGCGAGUCCUCGCUGGCGCUCAACUAUGCCGCCGGCCCGCGAGGCAUCAUCGACCUGUCCCAAGUGCCACACCUGCCCGUGCUGGUGCCCCCGACACCAGGCACACCAGCCACCGCCAUGGACCGCCUCGCCUACCUCCCCACCACCCCCCAGCACUUCAGCAGCCGGCUCAGCAGCUCCCCGCUCUCCCCAGGAGGUCCCAGUCACUUGACAAAACCCACCGCCACGUCCUCUUCUGAGAGGGAGCGGGAGCGGGACCGGGACCGAGAUCGGGAGCGCGAACGGGAACGCGAGAAGUCCAUCCUCACGUCCACCACGACAGUGGAGCAUGCGCCCAUCUGGAGACCCGGUACGGAGCAGAGCAGCAGCAGCGGCAGUGGCGGGGGGAGUGGGGGCAGCAGCAGCCGCCCCGCCUCCCACUCCCACCAGCACUCGCCCAUCUCACCCCGGACCCAGGACGCCAUCCAGCAGAGACCCAGUGUGCUGCACAACACGGGCAUGAAGGGCAUCAUCGUCUCCGUGGAGCCCAGCACGCCCACGGUCCUGAGGUCCACCUCCACCUCCUCGCCUGUCCGCCCAGCCGCUACAUUCCCCCCCGCCACCCACUGCCCGCUGGGCGGCACCCUUGAUGGGGUCUACCCCACCCUCAUGGAGCCUGUCCUGCUGCCCAAGGAGGCCCCGCGGGUCGCCCGGCCUGAGCGGCCCCGUGCAGACACCGGCCACACCUUCCUUGCCAAGCCCCCGGCCCGCGCCGCGCUGGAGCCCGCCUCGUCCCCCGGCAAGGGCUCGGAGCCCCGGCCCCUGGCACCCCCCGGCUCCAGCCACGCGGCCAUCGCCCGCGCCCCAGCGAAGAGCCUCGCACCCCACCACGCCAGCCCGGACCAGCCAGCGCCGCCCGCCCCGCCCGCCGACCUGCACCGGGAAAAGACUCAAAGUAAACCCUUUUCCAUCCAGGAAUUGGAACUCCGUUCUCUGGGUAAGACCACUCUGACAGCGGCCACCUUCAUAGACGCGAUAAUCAUGCGUCAAAUUGCUCACGAUAAAGGGCCGCGAGAAGGAGGUGCGCUGGCCGCCGACUCCCCUCGCGAUGGUUACCACGGCAGCAGCUACAGCCCCGACGGGGUGGAGCCCGUCAGCCCCGUGAGCUCCCCCAGCCUGACCCAUGACAAGGGGCUCCCCAAGCACCUUGAGGAGCUUGACAAGAGCCACCUGGAGGGGGACCUGCGGCACAAGCAGCCAGGCCCCGGGAAGCUUGGUGGCGAGGCUGCACACCUCCCACACCUGCGGCCGUUGCCUGAGAGCCAGCCUUCAUCCAGCCCGCUGCUCCAGACUGCCCCGGGGGUCAAAGGUCACCAGCGGGUGGUCACCCUGGCACAGCACAUCAGUGAGGUCAUCACGCAGGACUACACACGGCACCACCCCCAGCAGCUCAACACGCCCCUCCCCGCUCCCCUCUACUCCUUCCCUGGAGCCAGCUGCCCUGUCCUGGACCUCCGCCGCCCACCCAGCGACCUCUACCUCCCGCCCCCAGACCAUGGCGCCCCGGCCCGUGGCUCCCCCCACAGCGAAGGGGGCAAGAGGUCUCCAGAGCCAAGCAAGACGGCGGCCCUGGGUAGCGGCGAGGAUGGCAUUGAGCCUGUGUCCCCGCCAGAGGGCAUGGCAGAGCCAGGGCACCCCCGGAGCGCCAUGUACCCGCUGCUGUACCGGGACGGGGAGCAGGCGGAGCCCAGCAGGAUGGGCUCCAAAUCCCCAGGCAACAGCAGCCAGCCGCCGGCCUUCUUCAGCAAGCUGACCGAGAGCAACUCCGCCAUGGUCAAGUCUAAGAAACAGGAGAUCAACAAGAAGCUCAACACCCACAACCGGAACGAGCCAGAAUAUAAUAUCGGCCAGCCGGGGACAGAGAUCUUCAACAUGCCUGCCAUCACCGGAGCAGGCCUUAUGACCUGCAGAAGCCAGGCGGUGCAGGAGCAUGCCAGCACCAACAUGGGGCUGGAGGCCAUUAUUAGAAAGGCGCUCAUGGGUAAAUAUGACCAGUGGGAGGAGCACCCGCUCGGCGCCAAUGCUUUUAACUCGCUGAAUGCCAGUGCCAGCCUGCCCGCUGCUAUGCCCAUAACCGCUACUGACGGACGGAGUGAACACACGCUCACCUCGCCAGGUGGUGGCGGGAAGGCCAAAGUCUCCGGCAGACCAAGCAGCCGGAAAGCCAAGUCCCCGGCCCCGGGCCUGGGGUCCGGGGAUCGGCCGCCCUCCGUGUCCUCGGUGCACUCGGAGGGUGACUGCAACCGCCGGACGCCGCUCACCAGCCGCGUGUGGGAGGACCGGCCCUCGUCGGCAGGUUCCACGCCAUUCCCCUACAACCCGCUGAUCAUGCGGCUGCAGGCAGGCGUCAUGGCCUCCCCGCCCCCGCCAGGCCUGUCGGCGGGCAGUGGGCCCCUCGCCGGCCCCCAUCACGCCUGGGACGAGGAGCCCAAGCCGCUGCUCUGCUCGCAGUAUGAGACGCUCUCCGACAGCGAGUGACUGUCCGAAGGGGUGGGGGCGGCACUGGCACCCGGCCAGCGGCCCGAGCAGCCGGGCGGGGGGGCGAGACUCCCCCACCGAGGAAGGAGCCCCUGAGUCUGCCCGCCGCCCGUCCGUCCAGAGCCUGCCUCCUCGCCUGUCUGAAGCCUUAACUACGACUCCCGCCCCGGGCUGGCCCUGUGCAGUGACCUUACUCAGGGGAUGUUUACCUGGUGCUCGGGAGGGGAGGGGGCCGGGACGGGGGCAUGGUGGGCGUGUGGUGGCCACAUGCUCGCAGCCGGGGCGGCCAGGGACCCAAAGCAGGAUGACCACGCACCUCCCACGCCACUGCCUCCCCCCUUAACGCAUUUGGAACCAAAGUCUAAACUGAGCUAGCAGCCCCUGCACCCCCCCGCCCCCAUCCCGCUUAGCGCUCUGGACAGACAGACACAGGCCCUGUCCAGCCCCCAGCGCUCUCGUCCCAGUCCCCAUGGGCUGCCCCAGCCAACGAGACUGCUGGAAACCGUCAGGCCAGAUGGGCGGGCGACAGGGCCAGGUGCGGCCUGGGGCGAGUGGCUGCUCCGAGGAACUGGUCUGUUUUUCACACAUGGUUGCCGCGGCAGUGGGAAGAGCAGGCAGGUGUAAAUGAUGUAUUGGUUUACAGGGUAUAUUUUUGAUACCUUCAAUGAAUUAAUUCAGAUGUUUUACGCAAGGAAGGACUUACCCAGUAUUAUUGCUGCUGUGCUUUCGAUCUCUGCUUACCGUGCAAGAGGCGUGUGCUGGCCGACAGUCGGUGACCCCGUCGUCCGCAGGACCCAGGGGGGCGGGGCCCCAGGCCCAUGAGCCCCCCAUCCUCCCUCCCUCCCUUCCUUGGGCAGAAUGAAUUCGAUGGGUAUUCUGUGGCCGCCACCUGCGCACGGCGGUGGCGCGCUGUCAUUUACACACGUUGUUCUCAUUAAAAGCAACUUAUACUCCA